AUGAAACUUUUACUCCCAUUAAUAUUUCUCAUUUUUUUUGUAUCCAAAUCGACCACUACAAUUCCUAUUUCAAAUGAAAUAGUGUUAGCAAUUAAUGAUAAGGUAAAGUCAAAAUACCCAAACCUGCAGGUUCCUCCUGAUUGGCAAAACCGUGUUUUCAUUAAAUAUUACCCGGAAGAAAGUUCAAUUAAAGUGCACUGCCCUAUUGGUAGUGAUGCCCCAUUUGGUCGUACAUUGAUAAGAAACUUGUUUAGAAUCUACAAGCAUAACUUUCCAACUGACAGCCACAUAAAGAAAAUGAAACUUUCUUUCCAAUCACCAUCAGGUGAAUUUAUUACUGCCGAAAAAUUAUCUGCCAAAGGUUACUUAUUUACUUUGAAUGAAUUGGUGGAGGAUUUAAUUGAGGAAGAUAACAGAAGUGAAGCAAGUAGCACAAUUUCGUCAAUAUUACCCACUAAGAAACUUUCACUUUCGUCUCUGUCUUCUUUGUCAGAAUCAAACGUACAAAACUUCCCAAUAUAUCUUUUUUUUACAAAUGAAGAAGAAAAGCUAAAACAAGAGGGAAUGGUUCAGCUUCUAGUGCAAUUAGGUUUUAAUGUUGCUCACAUAUUUGGAAAUCCGCCGUGUACUAUUGAUUCAACAAAUUGUUCAUUGAGAAUCCCGGAAAUACUCUCACCAAUGAUUGAGAAGAUUACUAAUAAUACAAUAUCAGAAGAGAAAAUAAAUAAUAAAUAA